UUUAGGUAAAUAUGCUUCUGCUUCUUUUUUGACGCAGUUAGUUUAUUGGAAUUUUUUUUCUGGUAUGAAUGACAUUAUACCAUACUAAAGAAACAAACAUGAGAAUACGGUACUGGACCUCCAAGAAAAUUGGUAUCGCGGAAACCACUUGAAAAGCUGAAUAUUAGGGACUUCAGAGUGCAUCUGGACAUACAUACGUGUAUUUAGAGUGGAAUGAAGCAUUUUAAUAUGGUUUAUGAAAUUCCAAUGUUGCUGGAGUAGUCUCUGAAGUCUUGUUCCUUUUAUGGCACUGUAAGAUCUCGUAAUGCUAUAUACAUAUGAACAUGGUAAACAUUGACUUGAAGCUGACUAAGGAGGCAAAUAUGGUGCUAAAUAUGGCCGAUAACAGAGGCAGUUUGGUUGACGCGAUGUCUGAGCUCCUGACGUCGUGCACAGGUGCCGAUGUUACGCUGUGUGUCCGAGGUGGUGAAAUAAAGGCGCACAGGUUAAUACUCUCCGCCAGGAGCCCGGUCUUCGCAGCUAUGUUACUGCGGCACGACACGGAGGAAGCUGCCAGUGGCCGUGUCCAGAUACCGGACGUAGAGGCUGCCACUAUGCAGCAGCUCGUCCGCUACAUGUACACGGACGAGGUCCCGGAGGGGAAAGAAUCUGCGGCAGAGCUACUGGCAGCUGCUGACAAAUACGACCUCCCUCUGCUGAAGGAGGCUUGCGAGGACCGGUUGCUGCAGGAUUUGUCUGCAGAGAAUGUGGCGGAGUGUGCGGUGCUGGCCUUACAGCACUGUUGCUCGUGUCUGCUCGAUGCCGCCAUUGAGGUGAUCUCCGAGGACCCUCUGGAGGCCCGCAAAACGGAGGGCUGGCGGGAGGGAGUUGCCUGCUGCCCACAACUGAUGACUGAAAUCUCGGAUUUGGUUGAAGCAGAAAUCAGUGCCGCAAAGGAGGAAGCCUUGAAGAAGUGGCUGCACGAAGCUGCCGAACAUGGAAAUGUGGCAGAACUUGCAGACGUUCUGGCACAGGGGGUGGACAUAAACUGCCGGUGCGAGAACGGCUACACGGCACUUCACAAGGCGGCGAAGGGCGGCGACGUCUUGGCCGUAAACUGGCUGUUGGAGGCGGGUGCUGAUGUCGGUGCAGAAAACAACUGGCAGCAGAUGCCCCUCCACGUAGCAGCGGGAUACGGCAGACAGGGUGUCGCCAUGACCUUGCUGUUCUAUGGGGCAGACAAAGACGCCUGGGACGGCAGUGGGCAGACGGCUCUGCAGGUUGCCGCUGCGUGUGGUGAAGCGGCCGUGGUCAACCUGUUGUUGCGGCUGGGAGCCGACCGAUCUGCUGCCGGAUACGGUAGGACGCCUCUGGAACUUGCCCAGGCGUACAACAGGAGGCCAGUAAUAGAUAUUCUGAGUGGGAUUCGUCCGGUGUAAGGUGGACCUUUGGUACUAUUUUCUGAGUAA